UGUGGCAGCAGGGGCAUCUCAGUCAGGAGUUUCGACAGUGCAGUGCUUAGUUAUAGGUGUUUUCGGUUCUCCCCUUUCAAAUCAAGUAAAAGCUCCAGAAAUACUGGAGCAAAAGUUGUAUUUGGCCGAUUGAAGUUCAUCCUUUACCAUGGAGAGCGGCGUGUUUACCUUUUUGCUUCUGUGUACUGUGUGGUUAAAUGUUGAAGCCCUUAGUGUAAGUAUUCCUCAGAAAUCGUAUGAUGUUCCCAGAGGAGGCAACGCCACAAUACCCUGCACAUUUAAAACAACGGUCCAAAACCCAAAAUCUGCAGUUAUCACCUGGUCUAGGAGGCCUAACCAACCUGAUGCUGAGGAUGUGGUAAUCCUUACCUACUUUUAUCCCGACGAAAGCUUUGAUUUGUCAGAAAGUUUUGAUCCAACGCGAUUUUCCAUUGAUGCAAAGGUCCUGACAGGCCAGGCUAAUCUUCUGCUCAAAUUCCUCAAAUUUGAAGAUAGCAUGCUCUAUGAGUGCCGUGUCCAGGUUCGAGGGGAUACUACAGGGAACACGGCUGCUAUAACAAAUGUGGUGGUUUUGGUGCCUCCAACCAAGCCCAUCCUCAAUGUGCAGGGAAAGCCUGAGUACGGCCAGAACAUCAAUCUCACCUGUGUGUCUGAGGAAGCUUCUCCCUCUCCCACAUACAAGUGGGAAAGUUAUGAUGUUCUGAACAAUCUUCGUCCUCUAGACCCCAAAUCUACUGUCAAGGGAGGAAUAUUGAGUCUUUUUAACGUAACCAAAGAGACGUCGGGAUACUACAUCUGCACAUCCACCAACAAAGUUGGCUCUGCUUCAAGCAACUUCACGCUCUCGGUUUUGCCGCCAUCCCUGAACAUUGGCAGUACUGCAGGAAUCAUUGGUGGAGUUGCUGCCGCUUUGAUUUUACUGGUUAUCAUCAUCUGUUGCUGCUACUGUAGAAAGAAAAAACAACAGGAGGAGGCUUAUGCGAUGGGAGCUCCUGAGUACACUGACAAAGACCCAGACGGAAAUGAUGAAAAUCACCACCCUCAAGAGAGCUCAGUGGUUUACAGUGAUUCCAAGGGCCCCAUAACUCGACGGGAUCAAUAUGAGGAAAAGUCAGAGCACAAUGAUGACAGGCGCAGUGACAUUAAUGAUCGACGCAGAGAUUAUGAUGACCGCCGCAGUGACUUUGAUGACCGCCGCAGUGACUUUGAUGACCGCCGCAGUGACAUCAAUGACCGUCGCAGAGAUUAUGAUGACCGGCGCAGUGACUUUGAUGACCAACGGAGCAACUACAGCGACCGUCGUGACAAGUACAGUGAUCGCAAUGAGCGCUAUGAUGACGACCGCCAUUAUGAUGAUGAGCGCCGUUAUGACGAUCGUAGAGGGCAGCGCUAAGACAACGAUGGCUGCUAACUAAAACAGAUCAUUAGUACAACUUUAGAGGCCACAAAGCAAGGUUAGAGUAAGACUAUCCAGCAGAUUGAGAUGCAUUAAAACCACCUCUGUCUUGUAUUUAGUGGUUGUGCAGAUGAUUGCCGUUAUCAAUCUAUUGAUCACAACUGAAAAAGCUAAAAAACAAUGUCAACUAAAUUUUAAAACUUUCUAAGUUCCUCAGGACAAUCUGCUAUAUCUUCAGCUCUAAUUGUGCAAUUGAAGACUUGACAGGCAAUAACACAUUCAGUAGAAAAUUCAAUCCCAGUUUAGCUUGAUAUCAGGUUUUUGAAGCAAUUAUUGUUGGAUAGGGUGAAUCUACUUCUGUAGGACUAAAUAUAGCCACAGAUGGCAUUGUAAAUAUAUUUUUUAAUAGCAUAAUUUUGAUAAAAUUACGAAAUGUAAAAGGACAUUGAAAUGUAUGUAAUGUUGGUAAUGUCUUCUGGGGACCAUGCAACAUUGUAUUAGAAUAACUGCUUCAUGACUACUUCUUCAAAUAGGACAAUUCUACACAGUGACUUCUUUAACUAUUUGUGUAACUGUAAAGAAUUUUCAUGAGAAAUUUUUAACUUGGAGUGUUCAGUAGGAGAACAACUAUUUGUAAAUUAUUCUUAUAUCUUUCUAUUUUUGCAUGCAAGUAUUGAUAUUCUCAUGUCUGAUAACCUCUGGGGUUGGUAACGGGGUCAUUUUAGUUGUAUUGUUUUAAUAAAGCUUCUUAUGUAUACAUUUAAA